AUGAUGCAUCGUAACAAUCAACCGUCAUCUCCAACGAAAUGGCCGUCGACAACGCAAUAUUCAACCUAUCAACCGGAUCGGCGACUGAAGCAUUUUUGGUUACUUGUUUUGGCAAUUAUUACACUUAUCCUAAGUGUUACAGCAUUGAUUAUUGUUUUCGCUGUUGAGCAUUCCUGGUUUUCGGAUUAUUAUAAUAAAACAACAAAUCAUUAUGGUUUGUGGCGUUUGUGCUUCUUCACCAACCAAACGUGCGACAGCUGGUUUUCGUCCGAUGGGCCGUUUAGUUCCUAUAUUGAAACUCGUCACAAUCAAGACAGAGUUGGAAUCAAUGCAUGGCAAGCAUUGGAAAUCGUCUUUUUGUUUCUAACUACAUCAACAUUGAUCAUUGCGGUAACUUCGAUCGUAUGCUAUCGACUACGAAGAAAUAUUCAUUAUUACCUAGCUAUCCUAGCAGGAUUCGCUAUAUGGCCAGCAGCAAUGGUUGGUAUUGCCGGAUUAUUUGUAUUUGGAUUUUCUGUCUAUAAUGCAUCGCCGGCACCGCAUAGUCUUGACUGGUGUUUCUAUGUCAAUCUUGUUGCAGUCAUACUUGCUCUCAUUAGCGCGAUUAUUAUAACAAUCUAUGAUAUUCUUGUAAAGAAACCAUUGAAAGAUGAUCCAGAUACAGCUGGCAUUAAUAAAUUCACUGAGUAUGAUCGCUAUCCACCGACAGUUGAUUCACCUCCAACAUAUGUGGUUGUUCGACAGAAUAAGAAGAAAAAGAAAAACAAAGAGCCGUAUGAUUAUCCACAAGUUCUCUAUCCACAACAAUAUUUUCCACCGUCAACAGCAAACACUAAUCCAAACACGGAUUACGUGACAAAUCCGAACCAUCGUAUGCUCACAACUCCAUUUGCAAGCCCAAUGAAUAAUCUACCAAUUGCCCCUCCGACUGUAUCACAUCACCAAUCGUUGAGUCCUUAUCGAGGUGCAAAUCUUUUCUCAUCACCUUCCACAAUUUCACUUCCGCCUCCAACGCAAUUUUAUCAACCUGCAAUGCCAACCUAUCCUUAUCAACCAGCACACUGGCAUCGAACAGGAGAACAAGCUAAUGAUUAUAUCCAACGAGGAAUCUAUCGUCCAACUCGCUUGAAUCCUUUUGAGAAUCCUUUCGAGCAACGAGAGGAACCACGUGUCUUACACUAUUACACAGGUUAUGAUCAUUUCUCAACGGUUGAUCCAGAUGACGUUACCUACGCUCGACAUCAUCCAUCGACGAUACGAUCGAUUUCACCUGUCCGCUAUCCUGUUAAUCCUCCAUAUUAUCAUCAAAAUAACUACAUUAAAAGUGCUUUGUAA